AAUAAAGAAAUGAAAAGGAGACAGGAAAGAUGGAAAGUGAGAGAAAGACGAAGGUCGAAGGGAGAAAGAGACAGGAAAAGGCAACUGCCGAUUUCCCCCGGGUGGGUCAGUCCGGGGGCGCCGUCUACGUGAAGCCGAGGCCAAAGGGGUGUGUUGCCGCCGCCGAGGGGCCCUAAAGGUCCAAGCACCCAGCAUCGGCUCAACCCCCAGGAUCCCCUUUCCCCGGACACGGCUAAGCCGCGCACGGCUAGACGCGGGAGAGUCCAACCCUCGUGUGCUCGGGUAUGUGGUGUCGCAACACACCAAACGCCUGCUGACGCAGACGCCCCUGCGGGGAAGACAAGCGCGAGAAAGGAGCGCGGCUACAGUACAUGCAAGCCUCAUACCUUAAGCAUUUGGUGGUAGCAAUACGGUUUGUCGCUACACUUCCUCUGUUCUAAUCACAAUAGCAUUGACACCUAGCUCUUGCCCGUAAUAUAUUGACCUUUACCUUUCCUCUCUGUUGUCUCUUGAUUAGUCUCAAAGUCAUUCUGUAAAUAUUUUUUUUUUAAAUCUUUCCAUCUCAUUCCUUUUUGCCUCAUUCUGUAUCUUGUUUCAGUUAGUCUGACUGCUGAGUCACUCACUGCUCCUGUUUAUUCGAUCUUUAUUAGUGUGUGUUUUUUUUUUUUGUUAGAAUCCUUCUUAUAGUUAGGAUAAGCAUUUCUUUUAAGCCGCCUCCUCCCGCCUGGUUGUUUGCCUAUCCGCCUUAGUGGGGUAUGCGCUAAUAAUAACAAUCAUCGUCGUCAUCAUCUUUAGUGCGUCGAGAACGAAGAAUCUUGCGGCAUGGAAUCGAGCCUGUGGCGCCGGUAUCUAUUUGUGGACGUUGAGACGAGCGACUACUUUGACUGCGCCAAUGUGAUUGGUGACGGCUUCUUCCAGGGCAAGGCCAUGCUUCUAUGCGUGAUCUCCCUCGCUAUCCUGCACUCUCACACCCUGGCGUUCGCGCUCAUCUCGUUUCCGGUCGACCACUGGUGCAGACCUCCCGCGUAUCUCGAGAACCUCACUGAAGUGGCAUGGAGGAACGUUGGCAUACCGCAGAACGCCAACGGGCAGCCAAGUUCCUGCCGUAUGUACGAAGCGUUGAACAGUACCGCAGACACGGUGGCCUGUGACUCGUGGGACUACAGCGCAGAUCGUGCCGCCUCGACCAUCGUGAGCCAAUGGGAUCUGGUAUGCCACCGAACAUGGUUGCUCCACGCUGCCAAGGCAGCGCACCUGUUCGGUGCCGCGCUUGCAACGACCGCCGCUGGCUACGUCGCGGACCACUUCGGCAGGAAGCCCGUUGUCAACGCCGCGACCACAAUGCUCCUUCUCGCUGGGUGCGCACUGCAAUUCGCUGAUUCGUACGCGAUUUACUUGGCCAUGCGAUUCGUACUGUAUGGCGCCGCGAGCACCCUGUUUGUUGUCACAAACGUGAUUUUUUUCGAGGUGAGCCCGCACAGCUGCAGAACCCGCCGUCUCAGUAUGGCCGUAUUGCUGGCGUUCGGGCCCUGCGUGCUUCUCUUCCUUCUGCUACGCGACACCCGGCUCAACUGGAUGCAGCUUCAGAUGGCUAUGGGCUCGCCCACGGCACUUGCGCCGCUGUUCUUUCUGCUCGCGGUGGAAAGCCCCCGGUGGCUGGUAGCCACCAAGCAGUUCGACCGGGCCGAGGCGGUAGUCGCAGCAGCUAUUAAAACCAACGGCUUCGGUAAGCCGGCCGACGCAGCUGCCGCACUUAAAAGGCUGAAGAGCAUGGCAAGCUCCAAGGUGGGCUCUCUGAAAGUCACGGUAUUGGCUGUGCUACGCAUCGACCUCGUUCGGCGCCGUGCCACCACUGUCUUCGCGAGCUCGUUCGCGGCCACCUUCGCGUAUUACGCGCUCACACCGACCACGGCUCUAACUCGGGCGUGGGGCGGCCCGGUGUCGCUAGUUGCAACGACGGCGGCAUUCCUCCUCUGUUUGCUCGUCUUCAACCAUGUCUCGAGGCUCCUCAUGGUGAGCGUGAACCUUUCGGCGCUGGCGUGUUGUAGCUGCCUCGCUUCGCUGAUGUUUCGGAUUAAACAAGAGAUGCUGGGCCGCGUCUUCCUGGUGUUCGCCCGGGCCUUCUCCGUGACCGGAAUGAUGGUGAACUACAUCUACGUGCUGGAGCUUUUCCCCACGCCGAUACGAGGCGUGUUUGUCUGCACGGCGUACGCGUGCGGCCGAAUCGGAGCCGCAAUCGCCGCCGUGCUGGAAAGCGUUAAGUAG